CGCUGACAGUCACGUGAUGACGCAAGAGUCACAUGAUGAAUGCUCGUUUCAGCGACACAUCGGCCUGAUUUCUUAGUUUUUGGUCUACAAAUAUUACUUUUUUAAAAAUCCGUCACUGCUCCUGUCACUUACUUGAACAGGAUUGUUGGAGUGACGGUCACGUGUCUGUCCACAUUUUCAACAUCGUCCUAGUUAACUGAGUCGCUGCCUAUGGAGGUGGACGGAAUGGAAAACGAAGGAGGCUUCGUGCAGGCUGAAGACCUUCAGCUGCCACCGCAGGACUCGACUCAUUUGCAACUUUCAGGCCCUGAAGAUGUUCCAGUCGUGGAUAAGAAAGCAGUGGAGAGACUGACAGAAGGAUUUCUCUCCUACUACCUGCCAGAUCUGCAGAACUCGAAACGAGCACUUCAGGAACUUACACAGAACCAGCUGAUUUUGUUGGACACUCUGGACCAGGAAGUCACCAAGUUCAGAGAGUGCAACACCAUACACGACUUGAACUUACUGUUCACAGAAGCGAAGGUUUAUCACAAUAAACUGGUGACCAUUAGGAAGGAGAUGAUCAUGCUGCAUGACAAGACAACCAAGCUGAAGAAACGAGCUUUGAAAUUACAACAACAGAAGCAGAGGGAAGCUCUGGAGAAGGAGCAGCAGAGGGAGAAGGAGCUGGAGAGAGAACGGCAGCUCAUCGCCAAACCUGCCAAAAGAACAUAGACCUCUGAGAACCACGGAUUCAAGAACGGUAUCGGCACUUUGACGUUUGGACCUUAUUUAUUACAUAUCAAGAACCGCUUUUCAAUGCACAAGAACUUUGUGUAUGAGUUUGUCUUACAUCGGUUUGACUUUGCAGCAAAUGUUUCACAGGAAAGUUGUUAAAUACAAAACUAUAUGUUUAUGGUUGACUGUUUUUUUUUUUUUAAGCCUCACUGACAGUUGUCUGCUCUGAUGUGUAAAGGUACCAACGGCUGUAACCAUUAUUAGUCAUUUCCUACCAAAAGCUUCAUUUCUCCUAUUUCUGAGACAGGAAGGAGAAUGAAGAAGUCCUGUUCUCUGUCAGGUCACUUGACUUUUAUUCUUAAAUAAUUUACUAAAAAUGACAACAGUACUUUAAGAUGUUAAAAUAAUACAUGCAUUUUAUUUGUUAUUAUAUUUAUACAUAUAUAAAUAUAUAUGUAUAAAUAUAUUUAUAUAUAUUUAAUGUCCACUCUUUGAUUUGAAUAUUAUCAUUCUAAGUAUUUUCUAAAUAUUUUAUAAUAAAAAAUACUAAUAAAAGAAUGAUUGAUUUUUUUGAAGAAAAGUCAUUUUCUAGAAGCCUGACUUCAUCUUUCUUUUUUUUUCUUCCAUUUUCAUGAUGAGACUCCUGGUUUAUCCUCACACUCACAGUACAGUUGAACACAUUGUGAACAGUAGUGUCACCUUUGACCUCUGAGCUUCAUCUUCAGACCUUCAGUUGUGAUGUGACCAGUAUCAGCAGAGACCAAAGAUGAUGAACUGAAUCAUCAAAUGCUGGGUUUCACUUCGUCCUCUGCCUGGUAUCAUGGCACAGAAUGGAGAACAGGCCCAGAGGAGACUGUUAGUGUUCAAUGUAACAAAUCACUUUUUUUAAAUCAGUCACAGCUGCAAUAGAAGUGACUGACUCUGGUUGUGUGGCUCAGGAAAAUGUGUCAAUUGUUAGUCACUAACACACAUACAGCAACUGUACGAAGAAAAUAUAUUUUAAAUGUGAACUAAAUGUACCUGGAUCAACAACAAUAAUAAAAUAACACAGUAUUUGUGGAG